AUGGAUGACAAUUUCAGACCAGUUCAAGUUGACAGGAUGUGCCAUGAGAAUGCCACAGACUGCUACACAAUUUACAUCAGGAAGUUGGACUACGGUGAAGGUCGUUGGCUCAUGGUACUGUACACGAUUUUUGACAGUCGUCCCAAUGUGCUUGGAGAAUCACUGAUCAGUCUUCUUCAUCCUGAUGGUGAGAACAUCGUGUACGGCAAAACUUAUUGUGUAGACCUAAAAACUUGGAAGAUCGAUCAUCCGCACUUUUGUGGCAUCUUACAUAGCUCGUAUGGUAGGCUGCGCCGUUCCUGA